AACUGCAAAGAUGUCUGAGGCAGCUCCGAAACCAAAGCCAAAAAUCUCUGCCUCUCGCAGACUGUUCUUGAAGACCAAACUACUAAAGAAGGCAAUGACUAUGCUGGAGAAUGACAAGCAAAAUAAAAAAGAUGAACGAGAGAGGACCCUCAAUGAGAAAGUCCCAGCACUCCAACUGUCAGGCCUGUCUCUACAGGACCUACAGAAUCUUUGCAAAGAGCUGCACCAUAAAAUCGAUGUGGUUGAUGAAGAGCGGUAUGACAUUAAUGCAAAAGUGACAAUAAAUGACAAGGAGAUACGGGAUCUGUCUCAGAAGAUCUUUGAGCUGAAGGGUAAGAUGAAGAGACCAAACCUGAGAAGGGUGAGGGUGUCUGCUGAUGCCAUGCUGGGUGCUCUGCUUGGUGCUAAGGUGAAAGAGUCUGUGGACUUCAAGGCCAACCUGAAGACGGUGAAGAAGGAAGAGGAAAAGAAAGAGGAGGUGACUGACUGGCGUAAGAAUGUGGAAUCCAUGUCUGGUAUGGAGGGCAGGAAGAAGCUGUUUGAUGCAGGGCAGUAGACUUGCUGAAUGACUCUGUGAAGGUGUUUGGUGCUCUUAAAAAGGUGAAAGCAGGGAAAAUGAGUUCACUACCUUAUAAACGUAAACAUGAACACCAGGUAAACAUGAAGA